CCACGCGCCACCCUCGUUAUCACACCCAUCGUCGAGGACGAUUUCGUCACCCAUUACUUGCGCGAGCCUGACCUAUGCACCCAUAGCGUCCUCAGCUCCCGACCGACAAAAUGUCUUUCUUCGGAAGUGGAGGAGGGUUCGGGCAGAACAACCAGACCUCCAACUUCGGGAGCUCUGGAUUCGGCACCAACAAUAACACUGCAGGAGCGGUUCUUCUCGAUGCUCAGCGACGCCGUGACAACAGAAAGAGUUGCGAGGCCCAGCUUGAAACCAGUCUCUCUGACCGCGAUCACCCCUACCAUAUAGGCUUUGGAUCUACCGGAACCCCAGCAUUUGGAUCUAGCAAUACUGGAACCGGAACUACUGGUGGUGGCUUGUUUGGUAGCAAUACAGCCAGCAGCUUCGGCGCCGGCUCCAGCGCCAGCGGAGGAUUCGGUACCAACACUAAUAACCAAUCUGGUGGACUCUUCGGACAGAAUCGUCCCGCGAGCUUCGGAACUACCAACACAACAGGUGGUGUUUUCGGAAACAAUGCAGCUGCUGGAGGCAACGCAUUUGGCUCUACCGGCAGUGGAUUCGGUACCGGAAACACUGGUGCUUUUGGCAGUAACACCAAUACCGCCAAUACAAACACCGGUGGAAGUCUUUUCGGCAAAACUCCUGGUACAGGUUUCGGCACCACGAACACCAGCAGUGGCUUUGGUUCAGGAACCGGCUUCGGGGCAACAAACACUGCUGCGCCUAGUGGAGGCUUUGGCAGCACCGGUACUGGUACUGCUUUCCAAGGUGCCUUGCCUCCCUGUGAAGGCACUGGUGGCACUCCAUUCAGUGCCUUCACUGAAAAGGACACCAACACCAGUGCGACAAACCACUACCAGAGCGUCAGUUUCAUGCAACCAUACAGCAAGUUCUCGUUCGAAGAACUAAGACUGGCUGAUUAUCAACAAGGCCGUCGAUACGGCAACGGAAGCGGUCAGGCCGGUGCUUUCGGUUCCUCUGCCUUCGGUACACCUGCAACAGGUGGUUUUGGAUCUCAGCCAGCCACUGGCUUCGGGGCGAGUGCUACACCCUUUGGUGGUGCCGCAGCUACAAGUGCACCCUCUGCCUUUGGACAAACACAAACCACCGGCGCAUUCGGCUCCACUAACUCCAAUCCACUUUUCGGAGGAGCCAAGCCUGCAGGUUCUUUGUUCGGAAGCACAGGAACAACGGCUGCAGCGCAGCCAUCUGCUUUCGGCACCGCAGGAGCAACCGGUACAGGAUUUGGCAGCAGCACUGGAACUGGGGGUUUCGGCAACACUGGCAGCUCUCUGUUCGGUCAGAACCAGCAGCAAAACAAGCCUGCUUUCGGUAGCGCGGGAACCCCCAGCACUGGUGGCUUUGGCAGUGGUGGAUUUGGCACUCAGCAAACAACCACAGCUUCCAACCCCUUCGGUAGCGCAACUGCUACAGCCGCGCCUUUUGGUGCCCAGCCGCAGACUGGAACGAGUUCUCUGACUGGCUUCGGGGCGCAGAAUCAAACCCAGAACAAGUCCUUAUUUGGUAAUACGGGUAGUACCUUCGGCGCAAACAACACUCAGCAGCAAUCUGGGACCACUGGCUUGUUCGGUAACAGUGCUGCUGGCGGAAACACUGGAUCUCUAUUCGGACAAAAUAACCAACAGCAGCCACAGCAACAGCAGGCUCAACAGGGCGGUACCGGACUGUUCAAUCAGUCGGCCAACACUGGAGGUGGGCUCUUCGGCAACCAAAAUCAGCAGCAGCAAAAGCCUGGUGGUCUCUUUGGCAGCUCUACCGGCACCACCGGCGGUGCGUUCGGUGGCGGCUUUGGUGCCAGUCAACCUCAGCAGUCCACAGGUGGUGGGCUUUUGGGCAACACGCAACCCCAGCAGCAGCAGAAGCCUAGCCUUUUCGGCUCAACAGGUGGCACAGGUUUGUUUGGCAAUACUCAAAGUACUGGUGCUCAGAACACUGGUGGUAGCCUCUUCGGAAGCCAGAACCAGCAGCAACAGCCGGCUGGUGGUAGCAUGUUUGGGUCUUCGCAACCCAUGCAGGCUCAACAGCCCCAGCAGCCCGCCCCCGGUAGCUUUACCUCAUCCCUCCUUGAGGGUAACCCCUACGGUAGCCAGUCUAUCUUCUCGGGACUGCCAGCACCCAAUGCGCCGUCUCCUGGUCCUUUGGCUACUCCCCUCUCUUCCACUAUGAAGCAGAAGCAGCGAACCCCGCUGCCUGUUUACAACAUGACCCCUCAUGCUGCGAACCGUCUCAUCACUCCCCCCAAGAGGAAUCAGGGCUAUGGAUUCUCCUAUUCUACUUAUGGAUCCCCCUCCAGUGCGGCCAGCACCCCUGGCCUUGGAAACAGUCUGUUGGGCUCUGGACCUAGCAGCGGCAGUCUGCGUGGCAGCGUCAAUGGCAGCUUUGGGCGCAGCUUCAGUAAGAGUUACUCCACUAGCAACCUUCGCAACUCUUUCAACCCAGAUUCGGAUAGCAUUCUGUCUCCCGGUGCCUUGCAAAUUGGCAGUGGUCGUGGUAACGGAAGCAGUCUCAAGCGUCUUACAAUUGAUCGUAGCCUGCGGAGCGAUCUCUUUGCUCGUCCCGCCAGCACAUCGCCCGCUCCCAUCACCAAUGGUGAGGAUGCUUCCCAGCCUACCGACAAGUUGAAGAAGAAGGUCAGCUUUGACUCGCCUGGCGUUUCUGGUGGCGAGCUAGUUCGCGUGGAGUCCAAGAGUCCGGAACCUACCCCCGCAGAGCUCGGUUUCCUUCGGUCUACUCGCAAGAGUGGCAGUCUGAACGGUAUCGAUGCCAUUGACCGUCCCGAAAUGGAAUCCGUCAGCCGCGACCUCGCCGUCGUUCCUGAGAAUGGCGAGCCCGUCCCUACUGCCGCCAAGCACCUUACCGUUCCUACUGGUGACCCCAAGCCCGGUGACUACUGGAUGUCCCCCUCUGCAGCGCAGCUCCAGAAGAUGAGCCGCGAUCAGUUGAAGCGCGUUGUGGACUUCACUGUCGGUCGCCAGAACUGUGGACAGGUCACUUUCAAUGGUCCCGUUGACCUUACUACCGUUGAUAUCGACAAUAUCUUCAAUGGAAUCGUGGAUAUUGGUCUUCGGAAGAUCACUGUGUAUCCUGAUGAAUCAAUCAAGCCUCCUAUGGGUAAGGGUCUCAACGUGCCUUCCACUCUACGUAUCGAGAACUCCUGGCCGCGUGGUCGUGAUAAGAAGAAGCCAUCCCCCGUCACCAAUGGACCACUCUUUGAUAAGCACAUUGACCGUUUGAUGAAGGUGACGGAUACCCAGUUCAUCGACUAUGAGCUUGAGACUGGCACCUGGGUUUUCACUGUGCCUCACUUUACCACGUAUGGACUUGACUAUGAUGAGGAUGAAGAAGGUGAGAGUCUUGAUCAGAGCACUAUGAGUGCAGGACCUGACAAUCGCACUCCCAAGGCCGACCACCCCAUCAGCUUUGAGCAGUCCGCGACCUUUUCAAUCGACGAGUCGUUUGUUGGAUCUAUGGCGGGUAUGGAUGAUGACACCUUCGAUUUUAAGAAGCACAAGCUGGUCCCUGGCUCUUUCGGAAAUCAGGCCAUGGCCAUAGAAGACCAAGAGAUGGGUUCCGAGGGUGAGACCGAGUCUUUUUUAGAGGAAGGCUCCGCGGGUUCGACUACUGAGCAUGACGACGACGUCACCGAGAGCCAGCAAUCUGGCGACUCGAUAGUUGGAUCUGAUGAAGAAGGGGAUAUGGACAUGGCGGGUUCUUUUCCCAGUCUUCAUCGCACCGUGGAGCAGGACGAUGACCAGAGCAGUGUUCUGGAAACCACCCAGCCUAUCUUUAAGCCCUUCGGCACACCACCCAAGCCUCGUUUGAAUCUCAGCGGCGACUGGACUGAGCAGCUCCAGCGAACUAUCAGCCCUCGAAAGCAGAACCGUGAUGCUCUGCGAGAAAUUCAAGCCAGUGCUUUCACCGACCGACAUUUCUUGAGUGAGGAAUCACCAUCAGAGAAAAUGGCAUCUCCCAAGAAGGGGUUUACCAACAGUAUCGACCUGAUGAAUUCGCUAUUCCAGCAGCAGCCCAAGAAGCAAAACGCAGCUUCUCAGCUGAAAGCUUCGAAAUCGCAGCCCAAGGGCCUUGAGUGGCCUUACAACAAACAACCAAAAACGUUCGCUGAUACCGCCCAAAUGGAUGAGAAGGACUUUGCUUUCCAUGAGUCUUUUAAACCCCGCUGGGGUCCAAUGGACACCAUUAUCUGUGCCAAGGAUGACCUUCAUGAGCCUUUCUCAGACACGAAUAAUCGAUGGAAGGAACGAUACUCCAUCUUCAGUGAGGCGAGGGAUGUCACGAUUUUAGGCUACAAUCCACCAAUUGAGUCCACAGAUAUCCUUAAUGUGCAAAAUCAGCAGUCUACCAUUCAGCGGGUCGAUGGGAUACCCUUGGUCCGUCUGGCCAAGAUUGAUCUUCGCGAAUUCGCCAUCCAGCCGGCCCCAGAGGAAGAACGUUUAAUCUGGCAGCUGGCCAAUAUCUUGUUCAAUGAUGAGAUCGAGGACGACAUUUCAGCGGGUGUGCCUCCGCAGCUGCGACCCAAGUUUGCCCAUCGAAUUAAAAAGGAUCGGUUGACCCGCCUGUGGAAGAACAUCAUUCGUGAUCGCCACACUCAGGAUCUGGACCAUAUUCGCUCUCCAGAAGAGCGCGCUGUCCACCUUCUGUGCUCUCACCGAAUUGAAGAGGCUUGCAAAACUUUAGUUGAUAGCCAAAACUAUCACCUGGCGACUGUGGUUGCACAGAUUGGUCGGGAUGCCACCUCAAAGGCAGACAUGGCCAAUCAGAUUGAGGUUUGGCGCCAAAACAAUGUUCUCUCGGAGAUGACUGAGCCUGUCCGAGCUCUCUAUGAGCUAGUAUCCGGCAAUGGUCUUCGCAGUGAGGGCAAAGCGGGCGGUGCACUAGAAGACCGAGCUUCAAGCUUUGUUUUCACCGAGCGCUUCGAGCUGGAUUGGCUACAGGCCUUUGGUCUCCGCCUUUGGUAUGGUAUCACCGAGGAUGAGCCUAUUGAGGCCGCUGUCUCCAAGUUCCUUGAAGACCUAGCCACUGGCCUCGAGCCUGCUUUCCCCCACCCCGCGCAAAGUGCCAAUACUCGUACUACUGUGCAGCCUGGCUCAGACACUCUUGGACGUGAGUCUCCGUUAUGGGUUCUUCUGAAGGCAUACUCGGCGGCUUGCGGAAACACAAAGGUUCCUGCUACUGAGCUCCCUGCGGCGCUGCUCCCCCAGUCUUUGUCUGGCAACCUUUUGACCAACCGCUUGUCCUUCCAACUGCAUCACGUCCUCACUACUGUCGUGGGACAGAACAACGCGAUCAAGAUCAAUCAAGUCCAAGUCGAUCAUCUGGUUUGGGACUAUGCUUCGGAACUGAUCGCUGCUGGAGAUGUUUCCUCGGCUCUCUUUGUUCUUCUUCACUUGUCGCGACCCGAUGAUCGUAAGCGUGCUGUGCAAGAAACUCUUGCUCGAUAUGGUGCAGACCUUCCCGACCCCACGUCUCCCGAUGGCGCCGGUACUGACCCCGCCUGGCUCCACAUGACUGUUGACCUUCAAAUUCCCGAUGCCUGGCUUUGGGUUGCCAAGGCCCUUGCUGCCCGUGAUCGUGGUGAUGCCAUCCGUGAAGUCGACUGCCUUAUCCGCGGCAAGCACUGGAACGAUGCCCAUGCUACCUUCUGUCGCAUUGUUGGGCCCACAACUGUCAUCUCGCGCGAUUACCAGACUCUGGAGAAGCUUGUCACGGGUUUCGGCGAUGGUCCUGAACGCAAGAUGCGCGGCUGGGCCUCUGGCGGUGGUAUCUACGAGGAUUUCUUGCGCUUGGCCACUGCACCUCGCGGCAGACGUGACCCCACUCGUCUGACUCGCCUUGUCAACGCACUGGUUGCCGUGGGUGACCGCGUUCGCGAUAGUUCCGGCAUGGACGGUCUAGAAGAACGUGUUGCUUUCAAGGAAAUGAGUCGUGCCUUGGCCGGCUGGAUCACCCAUGAGGAUGUUCAGUCCGUUGAAUCCUCUGCAGUUCUUGGUCUUCCCUUGACUGGUGAUGCUCGCGUCCUACAGACCGUGGAGAUGAGCCGACGCUACUAUGGUGUCGUUAUGGCUGGUGGUUUCUAAGGUAAUCUCGAAAAGAUAAG